AUGUACACUCAAUCUCACACCCUCUAUCUCAGGCCCCAUCUUAGUAAGCCCCGGCCGCUAUUGCUUGUUGUUGCACUUCCACCUUUCUUCCCCACCUCCGACCUUCAUCUCUGCCGCCUCUUUUUCGAAGCCGCCGUUUGCAGUCGAAUUCAAACCGAGCGGGAAUCUCUACACCUGCGCCCCAAUAUCCUAUUCUCCUUCGCCUUGCCCGGUGCCCCAGUUCCUCGUUAUCUAGGUAGCUUCCUGGCCCUGUUUGCGCCUUGGUCAAGCCCGGCCAGCCCCAGCCGCCGUUGUCGCUUCUACCUCUUGCCACUGCCACUACUACUGCUUGUAGCUGCCGCUUUUCUUCCCGCACGAAAUUGGGAAGGCUUGUAA